ACAAUUUGUUCUCAAUAUUUUCCUUUCUUUGGGAAAAUAAUUGAAAUAUAUAUUUUUUUGUUAUAGAAUUAAGUUUAAAACACAAAAAUUUUCAAGAUUACCAGUAAAUUGAUAUUUGUCGUGAUCUUAGGAAAUCUCAAAAAGAAGAAACGUUUCAAAAUAACUAAGCCGGCGAAAAUCUAAAGGGGGAAGCUGUAAAACAAUUUUAUGAAACAAUUUUUCAAAAUUCUCAGUUUUUAAAUUAAAGAUUAUUGCAAAUUUCGUUGUUAAAAGCAAAAUCGUUAUGAAUCUUGAACCGGUCAACGCUGCUGUUGUUGGACAACAAAAUAAUGAUAGCUUAAGCUCAACCGGAAGUAAUGAUGAAGGUGUCCUAUCCGAUGUUGACACCGACGACAAUAUGGAUGUUGAUGAGGAAAUCGGGAGUGGAAAAUUGGUUGGUUCAGUGAGUGAAAAGGCCUUGCAGACCCUCAACGAGUUGCGUUGUGGCAACCUACUCUGUGAUGCUGUAAUAAGUGUUAGCGAUGGUUCGUUUAAUGUUCAUCGGGCCAUAAUGAGUGCCUGCAGUCCAUAUUUUCGAGUUCAAUUUACCUCCGCAAUAGCAGCAACAAAUGGUGAUAACAACACCCCACCGAAGAAUCACCAUGUCCACAUACCCGGUGUUAGUUGUGCCAUAAUGGAGGAAAUCAUAAACUAUGCAUAUUUGCGGAAAUGCUCCAUAAAUGCCGACAACGUUCAUCAGCUUUUAAUAACAGCCGAUUAUGUUGACAUCUCGGGAUUGGUGAGAAUGUGCAAACAAUACCUAGCACAAAUGCUAACAGCAGAAAAUUGUGUCAGCAUAAUGGGUUUUGCCAGAAGAUUUCGUUUUUUAAACGAUUUAUAUGCCAAGGCUAGGAGCUACUUGUUGCGGCAUUUCAUUGAGGUGGCUGCAAAAAAUAAGGAUCUGCUGCAAUUGAAUUUAAAGGACUUCUAUGAUGUCAUCAACGAUGAUGAACUGAACACCAGGGAGGAGGACAAUGUGUGGAAAUUGUGCAUUAAAUGGAUUGACCAAGAUCCCAAUGAACGCAAACACCAUGUGGCCCAAUUAAUGCAGGGUGUUCGAUUGGGUUUAAUGACUCCCAAGUGUUUCAUGGAGGAGGUCCGAGAACAUCCAUAUGUCGUGCAAAGUGAAGAGGCGAAACCGCUGAUUGUGGAGACCUUUAAAUUCAUCUCAAUGUUGUAUUGUCCCUUUCGCAUGCCCAUUGCACGACUGAAGUUGACCACACCACCCUUGGCCAUGCCUCGUCUACCGCAUGAGGUUAUAUUUGCCAUAGGCGGUUGGAGUGGUGGCACCUCCAAGGCCUGCAUUGAGACCUAUGACACCCGGGCCGAUAGAUGGGUGAAUAUACCGGCCGAAGAUCCAGCUGGUCCCAGGGCAUAUCAUGGCACGGCGGUAAUAGGCUAUAAAAUCUAUGCCAUUGGCGGCUAUGAUGGUUUGGAAUACUUUAAUACAUGUCGGGUAUUUGAUGCCAUCAAGAAGACCUGGAAGGAGGUGGCUCCCAUGCAUUGUCGCCGUUGCUACGUCAGCGUGGCCGAACUGAAUGGUUUAAUUUAUGCCAUUGGCGGCUAUGACGGUCAUAACCGUCUUAAUACAGUGGAACGCUAUAAUCCCAAAACAAAUCAAUGGACCGUUAUAACGCCCAUGAAUAUGCAAAGAUCUGACGCAAGCGCUUGUACGCUUAAUGGGAAAAUUUACGCAACGGGUGGUUUCAAUGGCCAAGAAUGUCUGGACAGUGCCGAAGUUUAUGAUCCCCACACGAAUGUUUGGACCCGUAUACCGAAUAUGAAUCAACGUCGUUCGGGCGUAUCAUGUGUGGCAUUUCGUGGUCAAGUUUAUGUCGUGGGUGGUUUCAAUGGUACAUCGCGUCUGGCCACAGGAGAACGUUACAAUCCCGACACACAGACCUGGUCAUUUAUUCGAGAAAUGAAUCAUUCGCGUAGCAAUUUUGGUUUAGAAAUCAUUGACGAUAUGAUAUUCGCGAUAGCAGGAUUUAAUGGUGUAUCCACAAUAUCGCACACGGAGUGUUAUGUCCCUGAAACUAAUGAAUGGAUGGAGGCAACCGAUAUGAAUAUAAUACGUUCCGCAUUAACGGCGAACAAUGUAGCGGGUCUGCCCAAUAUAAGAGAUUAUAUUCACAAAGAACGUGAUCGUCUGAUGGAAGAACGGAGGCAGCGAUUAUUAGCCAAUGCCAUGGCAAGUGAUGAGAAUUUGUCCUGAUCAAAUGCUAUUGGGUUGAUGGAUAAUGUGUUAACGAAGAAGCGUUAAAGUGAAUGGGCCAAAGAGGAGAAAUGAUGCAAGUUCUAAAAGUUGUUGUCUCAAAAAAAAAAACGAGGAUAACACCGGAACACUACCCCUCAAUUUGAAAUCAGAAAUCUGCAAAGAUCCAACGGCAUUUUUGGACACUCAAUUUGAAAUCAUAAAUCUGCAAAGAUCCAACAGCAUUUUUGGGCACUCAAACUUAUGUACAAGUAUUUGCUAUCGAGGAUGACAAAAAGCCUUUUUAGGAUUCUAAAACAUUUUUAGGGCAGAUCCAAAUUUGAUAUGAAAUGACAUUAAUUCUCAAACCCGGAGAAAGGAAAACGUGUUAUAUUACAUUUUACAAUUUGGAGAAAAAAUUGCUGUCGUGGACAUGAUAACAAUAUCUAUCAAGGCCAAAUUGAUUCCGGGAAUAAUUUUUAGACCCAAAUAUAAUAGAAAAAAAAUUAUCUUUGCAAUAACCUAAUAACAAAAUUUCCAAUAAAAAUUGUAACAAUUUUGUAAUCAAUAAAAAUCGAACGUCAUACAUAAAAAGUUUUAUUCGUUCUUUUCUGCGUAAAAUCUACGCAAUAAAGUCGAUUGGAAAAUUCAA